ACGAAGGACGCAUGCGUUUGGUGGGUCCCGGAUUCUGGUGGGUCCUUCCGCUCAGGUUAGGUGAAGCGCUUCCGGGUCGCCGCCGGCUGCCGCCUCCGGCGGGAUGAGGAAACAGGCCCAGAGAGGUUAAGUGACUUGGCAAAAGUCAAACAGCUAGUAAGUGGUGGAGCCAGGACUCAAACCCAGUCUAGGAGCCAUGUCCACCUUGUUUCCCUCACUCUUCCCCCGGGUGACUGAGACACUGUGGUUUAAUCUGGAUCGGCCCUGUGUGGAGGAGACAGAGCUGCAGCAGCAGGAACAGCAGCAUCAGGCCUGGCUUCAGAGCAUUGCAGAGAAAGACAACAACCUGGUACCUAUUGGCAAGCCAGCCUCAGAGCACUAUGAUGAUGAGGAAGAGGAAGAUGAUGAAGACGAUGAGGACAGUGAAGAGGACUCAGAGGAUGAUGAGGACAUGCAGGACAUGGACGAGAUGAAUGACUAUAAUGAGUCACCUGAUGAUGGAGAAGUCAAUGAGGGGCCGGAUCUGGGGCUGAGGCUGGCUGAGGCCCCUCCCCACCCACACCCAGCCUCCUCUCCAGGUGGACAUGGAAGGCAACGAACAGGAUCAGGACCAGUGGAUGAUCUAGGUAGACAAGGCAGGGUGGCCUCAGGGCGAUUCCAGGCCAGCCUAACCUACCCUACAUCCCCGCCCCAACCCCUCAGCCUGCAGAACCAGCUGAUAGCUGAUGGCCCCAAUGCCUAAAAGCUCACCCUUGGGCACUUCCUCAGCUGCUGCCAGAACCUGGUUUCCUUGACCCCUGCUAGGCCAUCAGUUGGCCCUUGAAUUCCCAGAGCCUGAGCCCACCCCACCUACCUGGUCAGUACCUCGCCCCUUGGUUGCCAGGUCUGGUUUCUUUCUAACUCUCUUUAAUAAAGACACAGGAAUGAUUUUUC